CCGCAUCAGCGGAAAUGAGGAACUAGGAAGUCGAGUACAGGGCUGAUGUGGAAUACCACAUAUACAUUUGUUUAAGAUGAAUUAGUGUCGACUAAAGCAAUUUAUUCAUUUCCAUCCACCACAGAUGUAGAUACUUGAUGUCGGUUCGCUUAAGCAGUCAUCCCACAUGCAGUGGCGUCGCGAGCUGUGCUCGAGGAAAGAUGCUUCAGAGGUGACCUGAGUUGGAGCGGGGUCAAUGUGUGGAGUGUUUUGUAGACACGUAUGUUAAUAGACACAACGUUUGUAAUUACAAAUUAUGUUCUUCCCACGCUGUAAAACAUAACUUUCAACUUUUAUCACCUCUUGGUCACUCAUUUACUGUGAUUGGAAGCUAAACAAAAUGCCAAGGCCAAAUUGAAGUAGCUACUACACUUUAUAAUUUCACACACCAAAAUCCAUAGUUUUACACUUGGUCAUCAUGUCAUUGGGCGAGCAGUCGCAGAAGUGGUUUCCAACUCAUGUCCAAGCCACUGUUCUCCAAGCCACAGACCUGCAACCAAAGGGCAAGAAUGGCACCAACGAUGCCUACACCAUCAUCCAGCUGGGCAAAGAGAAGUACUCCACAUCAGUGGCAGAGAAGACCCUCAGCCCGGUGUGGAAGGAAGAGGCUUCGUUUGAACUGCCAGGGCUGCUGAUGGAGAGCAAUCCAGAGGUUUAUGAGCUGUGCCUCACAGUGAUGCACAGGUCCCUGGUUGGAUUGGAUAAAUUUCUGGGCCAAAAACUCAUCAACUUAAAUGAGAUAUUUGACAACAAGGAACGACGGAAAACUGACUGGUACAAUCUAGACUCACGGCCUGGAAAGAAGAGGAAAGACAGAGGCAAGAUUCAAGUUAGCAUCCAGUUCAUGCGGAACAACAUGACUGCCAGCAUGUUCGAUUUGUCGAUGCGAGACAAACCCAGAUCGCCGUUCUCCAAGCUCAAGGAAAAGAUGAAGGGUCGCAAGCACGACGGUGCCUUUUCAGACACAUCUUCUGCCAUCCUUCCACGCUCAGGACGGAGCGAGACUGAUUCUCUGCCAGACCAGCACCCGCACCCUCAGGCUGCACCUGAACCCAAGCCAAAACGCUCGCUGCUCACUGGGACGCAGAAACUUUCUGCUGCUCACUCCAUGUCUGAUCUGAUAGGAACUCACUUCAGGCCUAAACUCGACUCUAUGAACUCAAUUGAGGAGAAAGGGGGCACUGCAUCUCACCGACACUCUCAGAGCGAUGGAUAUGGUGUCCCAAACAGCGACGUGCCAUGUGACCCCUUUUCCGACAUCGGAGACAACAUGCCCCAGAAGUUCGCCACUCUCCCUCGCAACCACAAUCCCUUCGAGGGAGAUCAGGGGAUGAUGUGGGGGGCAGAGAAGAAAGAGAAGAAGGAGAAGCUCAGUCUUCUGGGCAGAGUGACUGGGAAGAAGGAAGGAAAGAAAGCGGCCACUGGAGCACGGACCGGAAGCUCUGGAGACCUGCGAUCUCCAAACCCCUUUACCAAUGAAACCUCAAGUGAAACCAACCCUUUCAUCUCACACUACAGAUCCAGUGACAACAUGAGAAAUCCCACUAGUAAUGAGGACCUUACUCAGAGAUUCAAAAACUCUCCCGAGAAGAAGCAUGGCAUGAAACAUGCAAGAGAACAGGAGCCUGAACAUCUGCAUGCGAAUAUGGCGGCCUACAGCAAUCUCUCCUUUGAGGAAGUUGCGCAAGAGCUCAUCAAGCAGAAAGAGGUGGUAAGAAAGAAAGAUGCUCAUAUUCGGGAGCUGGAGGACUACAUUGAUAACCUGCUGGUCAGGGUUAUGGAAGAGACGCCCAGCAUCCUGAGAACACCCUAUGAGCCCAAGAGAAAAGCUGGGAAGAUCUCGAAGAAGUAAAAGAUCUCAGAAGCGCAUUGUAACUUAAGAUUUCUGGCAAAAUAUAUAUUUCUUAUAAAAGGACAAUGCAUUGUUGAUAACUUGUGACAGAACGCAAGUUUAUUCUUUCACACGGACACAUUUCAUGUCAUGCAGUUACUCUAGGUUUGCAAGAACAACCGUAUAUGUUGUGAAAAAAGACGGGCACUAAAUGUGGAGAUGCCAAAUGGCCUUUUUCGUAUUUCGUAAAUUUUCCAUAACUUUAUUUCGAUUUUUUUUUUAAAGAUUCCUGUGACCUGUUCACUAAUACUUGUGAAUGGAACCGUUUUUGAAAAUAUUCACAAGCAGCCAUUUAUAGUUUAGAGCGGCGUUUUUGUGCGAGGAGACCAAUGUUAUGUCUGUACCGAAAAUAACUGUGUUUAAGUUGACUUUUUCUUUGAAUUCAGUCAGUAUAACAUAAUUCAGCACUUAAUACUCUUAGUAGUACUGUGUUUUGUAGUUAUCACUGGGAUGGACUGUCCAUAUGAGGCCUUUGCUGUGACUG